AAUUUUUGCUUUUUAGGUGGCCCGUAGUCGUUCGUCCAAAUCGUACCUUCUAAACUGCUUCUACAUGAUAGCAACUACGUAAAAUCAACUGAUCUUAUUCAAGAGUCUUAGAAGUGUUUCUGCAGCUAUCUUCCGUAAUAUAAUAACAAGCUACUAGUGAUUUCUCAGGUAGCAUAAACAUGUCUGAAGGAAAGCUGGGCCAGAAGUGGGAUCGAUGCCUAGCUGACAGCGCCUUCAAACUGGUGGCUGGCCUUGGGAUUGGCGUCGUGCUCUCAGCUGUCUUCUUCAAACGCCGCACGUGGCCGGUGGCUUUUGGGUCCGGGAUGGGGCUGGGCGUGGCCUAUGCCAACUGCCAGCAUGACUUCAGAUCGCCUUCCCUGCUGCACGGGCGUAUGGUCAAGGAGCAGUAGUCCACCGAGGGUCUCCAGGAGCCGCUGAGUGUCCCGUUGUGUUUUGUGUUCAUUUUGCACAGUUCCCAAGUCCGUUCUCUCCAGUUCUAAUCUGUUUUCCCACCUGACAACCCGUAUCUACACUAUAGGUCUGAACAGGGAUGGCUGGUGUUUGUUUAAUAAAGAAUUAAAAAAAUGAAAUGGA